UCCCCUCCAAAACCCCAAACACUUCCAAUCCCUAGCCAUGGACCCGCCGCCGCCGGAGCCCGCGCCCACCCCGCGGCGGUUCACCGUAGCCGACCUGCUCUGCCUCCGCCGCCCCACCACCGGCGCCUCAUCCCUCCAUUUUCCUUCCGCCCCCGCCACCACCGACCCCUCCCCUCCCCGAAAAAAACCCAAGCUCGCCGCCACCGCCGGCCAAACCCCUGCCUCUACCUCUACCUCUGGCACGGCCCCGUUCGCUCCGAUAUCCCACCCCGUCCUCCUCUCCGGGGCGCUCUCCCUCCCCUCCGUGGCCGCCCCCGCCGGCUGCCGAAACAACUGCUUCACCUUCUCCGACUCCGCCCCCUCCGCCGCCUCCUCCCCCGCCGCCUCCGUCUGCUGCUGCCUCCUCGACUUCGACCCCGACGCGCUGGGACGUGAGAUAUGCGUCCUCGCGUGGAACUACCUCCCCUCCGUCCGCCUCCACGGCGCCGCGGGCGUGCUCGAGGUGGUCCGCUGGCGCCUCGCGGAGGAGGAGCCCGCGCCGGCCCCGGAACAUAGCUUGCUGGCGACGGUUCGGCUCAAUUGCCCCGCUAAAGAGCCCAACUUGGCCACCCGCGGCUGCUUGUUUGGGGUGGUCAGGUCCGUCAGCGUGGUGUUCAGUAUGCCGCAGGCCAAGGCUGAAAAGAGGGGCGCCAGUUCAGUUGGGUUUCUGGCUGAGAUUUUGUGCUGUGCGUGUUGCCGGUGCUGGGUAUCUCCGCCAGAAGCUGCCCAGGAUUGUAAGUUUGAGGUGGUCAAGUUCGUGUACUUUGUGGACUCAGCAUGUACAUGGCGGCCUCUGCUGGUGUGGCUUGUUGGGAGGCUGGUGUACAUCUCGGGUUUGAAGAAAAAGAUGGUCUCUGUUGUGGAGAAAGGCUCACACACAAUGUUUGUCUCAUCCACAAAUACAGCAAUGGCAUGGUGCCGAUCCUACAGGGGAAAUCUUCCAUUGGAUGGCUCGCCAGAGAAGUGUGGUGGGGCGUAUGCUGGGGUCAUCACUGGUAUCUACUUGCAGGGCAUGGUGGUUGAGCUGGAUGAUACUGUGUGGCUGCUCAUAGAUGAUCUGCUGCUUCUGCCACCACAUUCUCUUCGAGUUGGUGCUGUUAUAUCUGUAAAGAACUUUCGAGCAAUGCGUCUGAAUUUUGCUUGGAUGGGAACUGUUCUGCUUGCAACAUGUAGUAAAACUUGCAUCACUGUAAAUUCUUUCUCCCUGGUGGAUUCCAAAACUCAUAUAAAGGCAGAGAGCAGGAGCCUCCUGAGUAAGUUUGUUGACUCACUGGAGAUGUCUGCUAGAUUUUGGAUGUUACUUCUAAUAUCUUGCUUUAGACAAAAGUUCACCAAACUAUUUUCGGAUAAGGAGAUUAUGGGCUCACAAAAUAAGCAGGGAGUGGUUCAUGCCUAUGCUACUAAAACUCUCUCCUCAAAGUGCCAACCUCAGCAAAGUUUAAUAAUGAAAUUCUGCAGCCAUUAUUGUGGUAGCUCAAGACUUGGAUCAAAAUUGGAGGCUUGCAAAUUGGUCAUACCUUUCUCUAAUUUUAUCUGCAAAGGUGAAUCAUUGUGGAUAUCAUCGAUGCUCAAAUUUUGGAAUGGUCCUGAAGAAGUGGACUCGAGCCAGGGACAGAACCGAUUCUUCUGCGAUGGGUUUUCUUAUCCUGGCAGUACCAAAAAAAUAAUUUCGAGUGAAGAUCUGGAUUUUGUAUUAAUGGGGACCAUCAAGACUUCUCCACUGUCGGGGAGGCUGCAGUUGGUUGAUUCCACUGGAUGCAUAGAUGUUGUUAUACCUGAUCUUCCGUGGAAUGGGAAUUUCUAUGGCAUCUAUGAGAUCAGCAAUUAUAAACUAGCCCUUGAAGGCCCGGUGGCUUACCUAGAUCAUUGUGAUGUUGCUGAUCCCCUGUCCUGUAAGGCUAUCUUUCAGAAGCUUUCGUACCGAAAAAGAGUGCAUCACCUCAAUAUGUAUGUUAUAGUAUGCUGGAGGGAGCUAAAUCAAAUUAGCCCUUCCUUGCAUAUUCCUUUGCACAUUAAUUAUAGUGCCAAGUCAUUUCAUCUAGUUAAAUUGUCCCACAUAUUUCCUGCAAAUAAUAUUCAACAUCAGAAAAUAUCAGGGCCUAUCCUGUAUGCUGAAGCUGUAAUACUUCCAUAUGGUUUGCAGUUUAUUGGGCAAGGUGAAUGCAUUGAGCAUGCAGAGGCCUUUAGAAUGUUACACUCUCAUUUACUAGGUAAUUCUGAAGCCUCUAUGGCAAAAUUGUGUAAUAUCCCAUGUUCGCUAAGUUUCGGGAGCACCAAUCUUUGUGGUACUCUGGUGUCUACCAAUUUCUUUGGAUCAGAUGGUAAUGUUCUAAAUGAACGUAUUGUGUGUGAAAGAGAACGCACAUCAAGGAUUUUGUUGGAGUUCAAGGAGGGAAAUUUUAUCAAGUAUCAGUUACUGCGGAUCAAUGGCUACUAUCUUCUCCAAUGUCCCAGUGGAAAUCUUACUAGCACCAUGGAAGGUUGUGGAUGUUUGGAAGGUGGUAAAGUCUCACUGGACUCUCAGGAUAAAAUUUGGAGCAUUGCCAUUACCUUUGAUGGUAAUAUGAGCAUCAAGGGGAUGGUUGGAGAUCAGUCUGUUGGAGUUACUAAAGUGAAGAUGGAUGAGCCAUUUUCCAGAAACAUCAUCCGUGAUGAACUAAAAUUAGUAGAGUCUUGGAAUGACUUUUACCAUAAUUCUUAUUUCCAUUUGAAUUUUUCUUGUGAGGCGAUAAGCACAAAGAUGGAAGAAUAUAACAUCGUAUGUCAUGUAUUGAAUGGGCUGUGUGCUUCUUCCAGUGAAGUAUUAAGUGUGUCAUCAUGCGUUGACAUUAUGAUGCCUAAGGAAACUUCUGAGUCUGCUAACUUGAAAACUGGAGAAUUGGUUCAGGGAGAUUUGAUAUCGGUACGGGGAAAAGUAGAAAAUAUACAUUCACAUGUCUGCAAGGGGGGAAGAUGUAUGCCUGGUAAUGAGAAGUGCAGUCUAUGUAUCCAUGUUGCUGAUAAUAAUCAUAUGGUACGUAUCCGUGGAUACUUAAGCAAACAUUCUUCUACUGUUGGCAUUGGACCAGGGGCAACAGUGACAUUCCACCGUGUCCUUUUGAUACAGCAUGAAUUAGUGUUAACUCCUGUUACAUACAUUGAAGUCACCUCUAUCAGCCAUCCUGACCUGACUGAAGAAAGUGUUAUUUCACCACUCAAGUCUAAUUGCUUAAAGGAUUGUUCACUUAGCACAGUUUCACCAUGUUUGUUCUUUCAUCGGAAGCAUUUUAUAGAGGAUAGACCUAUGCAGUUUCAGUGCAGGGUGGCAACUGUUCUUAAGCUGGUUUUGGAUAAAUCGACUAAUCAUGGUAAAAUACCAAAUGUAAAAGUUCAGCUAGCUGGUUUUAUUCUUGAUGAUGGAUCAUCCCUUUGCUGUUGCUGGGCUGAUGAUGCAAGGGCUGAAUUGUUGCUUAGACUGCAGGAAGUUGCACAUAUGGAUGCUUUUGUUAAUUUAAAGCUUUCAAAAGGUGGAAAGAAUACCAAAUUACAGCAUACUAUUGGUUGCUGCCUAGAAACAAUGUUGAAGAGGCACACAGGUGUUAUUGUUAAAAACUGUGGAAUUCCUCCCGAUUUCUCUUGCCGAGACUUAGAUGCAUCUUCUGUUUUGCAUAAAGUCUUAAGUCGCUUUGAAGACAAACUUCUGAAAUUUAUUAUCCUUAAUGCUUGUUGGAAGGGAACUCUGAAUGUCAUAGCAUCAAAUAUAAACCCAGAUGACUUAAAUGGGUUCAAUGUAGAGCUUCCUGAUUUCCUAGCACGGAACAUGCAGAUGCUUUGGAUAAAAGAAGUUUUUCCAGUAGAUCCUUUGGAAGAAGCUAGAAGACUACAUGGCAUUUUGGAAAACAGCUAGUGUUGUUCCAUGAGCACUUCAGCUUUUGGAUGAUUCAGUGCAAAGUACCCUGGUUGAUGUACUGUGCAUUUCAUAGUCAGUUGGUCACACCCAUACAGAAAAUGCUAUGGCCCAAGGAGAACUGCAAUUUCACUGUGAUGUUUGCAAACAGAAAACCUGUUUUGCUAGUUGCAUAUGCUGAGUGGUAAAUAUUUGUGAGGAACAAGAAAUGAGAGUACAAAGGGGACAGGCGGUAUUUGUAUUUCUUGGUUGGAGGGUGCUGCAUCUUCAUUUUAAGCACCUUAUCGCAGAUUUGGACUUAGUGAAAGGUUAGGUGAUUCAGUUCUUCAAGCCUGGGACGAUAAUUUAACUUUAUGUUUGUUUUUUUGGGUUGUACAGGAGACAUGGUGGCAUGAUGAGAGGCUUCAUUGGGAUUUGCUUUUGUUCUUGGCAGCAUAAUGUAUAGUCAGUGUAGCAAUUUCCAAAGUAUCUGCUUGUAAAGGAGCAGAUUUUUUUUUUGGACUUAUGUAUUUAUGCCCACAGGGACCUGGUUUAUGAUGGUAGCUCAUCGACUGACAUCCAUGUUCUGCACUUAGUUUCGAUCAGGUCAAAGUUGGCACUACCUGCCUUGUUUGUAUUUUGUACAAAGUUCAGAAACUUACAAAGUUAUUGGUGAAA